UGUGUGCGUGAUUUUUCUUUGCUUUAUUAAAACUGCUUCGUGCUCAAUAGGCAGCCACGGACACGGAGAGAGGCCUGAAAAAAGAAAAAAAAAUGCCGAUGACGGUUGUUUCCGGUCGAUUCUCGACGGCGUUUCUCCCCACUGGUUUUUCUUCCUUGUCGCGGUUGCGUUCCGUCAAGUACGCAGCUCAAAGACGCGUUGUUUUCGUUUCCAAAUCAGCUCACGCUUCUUCUUCUGUCUCUGUCUCUGUCUCCGUCGCCGAGACGAAUUCGAAUCAGGUGGAUUCUGUUAUCGAGAAGGAGACGAAGAACAGAGGAGAGAAGAAGAUUCUAGCUUGUCCCAUCUGUUAUAACUCCUUAGCAUGGAUUAGUCCACCUAAUGGUUUUGUAGAAUCUACUGCCUCCUCUGGUACUCAAUUACAAUGCAAUACCUGUAAAAGGGGUUACUCCGGUAAUGAGACGCAUCUUGAUUUGGCUGUCGCUAGUGGAACCGAGCAAUACAGUGAGCCAAUGCCUCUUUCCACUGAGUUGUUCAGAACUCCAUUAGUCUCGUUCCUUUAUGAGAGGGGUUGGCGUCAGAAUUUCAUAUGGGGUGGUUUUCCAGGACCAGAGAAAGAGUUUGAAAUGGCUAAAGACUACCUGAAGCCUGUUUUGGGAGGCAAUAUUAUUGAUGCCAGUUGCGGAAGUGGGAUGUUCUCGAGGUUAUUCGCUAGAAGUCAGCUAUUUUCUCUGGUUGUUGCCCUAGAUUACUCAGAGAAUAUGCUGCGACAGUGUUAUGAACUCUUAAAUCAAGAAGAAAACUUUCCCAACAAAGAGAAACUUGUCCUAGUCCGAGCAGACAUUGCUAGACUCCCUUUCCUUUCGGGUUCAGUUGACGCUGUCCAUGCUGGUGCUGCUCUGCAUUGUUGGCCUUCACCUUCCUCAGCCGUUGCUGAGAUAAGCCGUGUUCUUAGACCUGGAGGAGUAUUUGUUGCCACCACAUUCAUCUAUGACGGUCUUUUUAGUUUUAUCCCGUUCUUGAAGAAUUUUCGUCAGGAAAUAAUGAGAUAUUCAGGUGCUCACGUCUUUCUGAGUGAACGCGAGCUUGAAGAUCUCUGCACAGCCUGUGGACUCGUUGGCUUCACUCGGGUUAGAAACGGGCCAUUUAUAAUGCUCUCCGCCACAAAACCCAGAUAAGCUGACACUCUUAUAGCUAUUUCUGAUCCAUUGUAUAUACACUUUCUUUGAAAAUUUGGUGUAAACUUAUAAACAUUAGCACAACUCGAAAGAGCAUAUUUUGUAAAGUUUUUUUGCAAAUUUUCCUAUCUACUAGGUUGUAAAUUGGUUUUAA